UCAAAGUAUCUAGAAAAACCGGACCAUCUCGCCGGCAAUAAACUCAAAGUAAAGUUGGCGACAUGACAAAGAAAUUCGAGUUUAAUUGGCGAAUCGAAGUGCCAGAAUUAUUGAGAAAUGGUUCAACGUUCGAUCGAUGGUUUGAAGAUAAGGAAACGACCGAAUACGAACCCAAUUGUUUAUUCAAAGUCGAUGAAUAUGGAUUCUUCAUUUAUUGGAAGAGCGAUGGCAAGGAUGGCGAUGUAAUAGAAUUAGCUCAAGUGAGUGAUAUCCGUUAUGGCGGCACGCCCAAGGAUCCAAAAUUGUGUAAUAAAAUAAGUAAACAUGGAACGAUGGAGGAAAUAGAUCAGAAAAGUUUAACUAUAUGCUCGGGUAUUGAUUACACUAACAUUCAUUAUCAACAUGUUGUUUGUUCGGAUGCACAAACGGCUAAGGACUGGCAAGCAGGUUUACGUUUAAUCACGCACAACACGAAAGCUUCAAAUGUUUGCCCAACAAUACAACUGAUGAAACAUUGGAUGAGAUUGAGUUUUCAAGUGGAUCCUAAAGGAAAAGUACCAGUGAAAGUUAUAUCGAAAACGUUUGCCUCUGGAAAAACGGAAAAGCUUGUUUAUCAAGGAUUGGCAGACAUGGGCUUACCUAGUGGAAAAAGCGAUAAAAUUGAGCCUAAGGAUUUUACAUUCGAGAAAUUUAAAAAUUUAUACUUUAAAAUAUGUCCUCGAAACGAUAUCGAGGAAUUAUUCCAAUCGAUAACGAAAGGAAAAUCGGAUACGAUUAGUCUAGAACAAUUAGUGCAAUUUAUGAACGAGAAACAAAGAGAUCCUAGGCUGAACGAAAUUUUAUAUCCUCUUUAUGAUGAGAAACGAUGCACGGAAAUAAUCAAUGAUUAUGAAGAAGAUGAGAAAGCAAAAUCUAACAAAUCUUUAACUAAGGAAGGGUUCAUUCGUUAUUUAAUGUCGGACGAAAACGCACCCGUGUUUUUGGACAAAUUGGAAGAAUGGAUGGACAUGGAUCAACCCCUUGCUCAUUAUUAUAUUAAUUCCAGUCAUAAUACUUAUCUAAGUGGCAGACAAAUAGGUGGUAAGAGUACUGUUGAGAUGUAUAGACAAGUAUUAUUAGCAGGCUGCAGAUGUGUAGAGCUCGAUUGCUGGGAUGGAAAAGGGGAAGACGAAGAACCCAUCAUAACUCACGGCAAAGCCAUGUGUACUGAUAUCCUGUUCAAAGAUGUAAUAUAUGCUAUAAGAGACACAGCAUUCGUCACUUCGGAAUAUCCUAUAAUUCUAAGUUUCGAAAAUCAUUGUUGUCUGAAACAGCAAUAUAAGUUAGCAAAAUACUGCGAUGAAAUAUUUGGUGAUCUGCUACUAAAGGAAGCUUUGCCAGAUUAUCCGCUUGAACCCGGGCAUCCACUACCACCGCCGAGCGCGCUCAAGCGAAAGAUAUUAAUCAAGAAUAAAAGAUUGAAGCCGGAGGUGGAGAAGGUCGAGCUCGAGUUAUUCCGCUCUGGGCAAUUCGAGGCGAAGGACGAAGUUGUCGAGGAUGCCAGCGCACCUGCUGCACCUCCUGCUGAACCUCCAAAGCAAGAAGCUGCGCCGGCCGAAGGCGCACCACCAGGUGAAGGAGGUGCUGAAGGAGAAGCGCCUCCAGUUCAAUAUACUGGUAGCACGAUGGCCUGCCAUCCUUGGCUUUCUUCUAUGAUUAAUUAUGCACAGCCAGUGAAAUUUCAAAGCUUUGAAACUGCGGAAAAAAAGAACAUCCAUCAUAACAUGUCCUCGUUUUCGGAGACUGCAGCACUCAACUACCUGAAAACAAAUGCAAUAGAAUUUGUUAAUUAUAAUAAACGUCAAAUGAGUCGAAUCUAUCCAAAAGGUACUAGGGCUGAUUCGUCAAAUUAUAUGCCACAAGUAUUCUGGAAUGCAGGCUGUCAAAUGGUAGCCUUAAAUUUUCAAACACCCGAUUUGCCUAUGCAAUUGAAUCAAGGAAAAUUCGAAUAUAAUGCAACAACUGGAUAUUUAUUGAAGCCUGAUUUCAUGAGGAGACCGGACAGAAGCUUCGAUCCAUUUUCAGAAGAUGUAGACGGAGUUAUCACAGCCCAAUGUUCCGUUCAAGUGAUAGCAGGACAAUUCUUGUCUGACAAAAAAGUCGGCACUUACGUUGAAGUGGAUAUGUACGGUUUGCCAGCAGACACGAUAAAGAAAGAAUUUAGAACUCGAAUGGUGCCUGGAAAUGGUUUGAAUCCAGUUUACAACGAAGAACCGUUUCUAUUCCGAAAAGUUGUACUUCCUGAUCUGGCUGUACUCAGAUUUGGUGUAUACGAAGAGAGCGGAAAACUGUUGGGUCAACGUAUUUUGCCGCUGGACGGCCUUCAAGCCGGAUAUAGACAUAUUUCGUUGAAGACCGAGGCGAAUUUCCCCAUGGCACUGCCAAUGUUAUUCUGCAACAUUGAGCUAAAGAUUUACGUACCCGAUGGAUUCGAAGAUUUCAUGGCUGCUCUGUCUGAUCCGGGUGCAUUUAGUAAGGGAGCAGAGAAACAAGCAGAGACUAUGAAGGGAUUAGGAAUCGAGCAAACCGAUACGAAGGCAGAGGCGAAGAAGAAGGAAGAGGAGAAGGCUAAAAGGGAGGAAUUCAAGCCAGAACCGAUUACGAUAGAAACGUUGAAGAAAGAAAAAACGUAUAAAUUUGGUAAGAAACAACAAAAAGAAUUGGAUACAAUGAGGAAAAAACAUUUAAAGGAACGACAGACGAUGCAGAAAAACCAUUGCAGUGCCAUAGAUAAAUUGGUGAAGGGAAAAGACAAAAAUGCGCUGCUCCAAGACGCUAACGUGAAAAAAGUUAUAAGUGAACAAACCGCGCAAUGGUCCGCCAUGGUGGAACGACAACGGAAAGAAGAAUGGGAAAUGCUGAAGAGUCAUACAGAAGUUGGUAGAGACGAAUUCAAAAGAUUAAUUGACAUUGUACAGGCUAAUCAAGUUAAACAGUUACAAGCGAAACACGACAAAGAUAUGAAAGAUAUGAAUGCGAAUCAAGCAAAAAUAUCCGUGGAAACGGCCAAAGAAGUAAUGAACGAUAAAGCAUUAAAGACUAAAGGAGACAAAGAUCGUCGACUUCGUGAGAAAAAGGAACAAAAUACAAAAAAAUUCAUGCAAGAAAGAAAAACUGUACAGAUCAAACAAGGACGUGAGAAGGAAAAACUAACAAAAAUUCACGAAAAACAAGUGGCAGAAUUGGAUACCAAUAUUGACUUGACUAUCGAAAUGUACAAGAACGAAGUAAUACACUUGGACUUGUCGUCUAAGACAGAAUUUUUUGUCUAAAUUAUGAAAUUGAGUUUUUCUUUUUACUUGAAAGUUAAUUUAAAAACAUAUUUUCAUUAAAUAUUUACUUGAUCUUACUUUUUAUCUUAUUGUUUUUAGAUAUUAUGUGAUUAUUUUUUAUC